AUGUCUGUGUACUGCCGCGUGGCCCAGCCGCACAUUCUGCUAAAGGCCCUUGCCGCCCUCACCAUAGCGAAGGACUCGUGGGUCACUGUUGCCUUUACGGAGGGCGUUGUUGUGCUGCAUGUUGAGGGGAAGGAUCAGAGCAUCACUGCCACCGCCAGACUCCCCAAGGCGCUGUUCUCUGAAUACUCGGCGAAGGAUGUGCGCUUUGCCGUGCACCUCGUCACUCUGCGCGACGCGCUGCUACUCGGUGGACCCGCCCUGUUGGCUCCUGUCGUCCUGGCGCGCGUUGUUCUGGCGUACCCGAUGGGUGACGCCAGGUUGCUUGUUGAGCUGACGGACGGGGACUGCACGCUGCAGUCGACCCUCGCCACGCGGCCGGUGCAGGAGCGAUUGCUGGACCUCCGCUUCGGAGAGACGAGUGUGGCGAAUCAAAUGGUGCUGCUCGGCGAUGUGGCGCGCGAUGCCAUUGAGGACCUGGUCGCGGCACAGUGCCCCCACGCGGUCGUUGUGCUGGACCCUCGCAGCGGCGUGACGCUCCGCGGCGAGGGCGGCCCAUACGGCGCGGUGACGGUGCAGUUGCAACGUUCCUCGGAGGCGAUCCUGUCGGCGCUCGACGAGGGCACGCACGCGCACACCCGUGUCCUCCGGUCGCAUCUUGCGCUUGCGUGCGGGGUGCGCCCCGGCGGCAAGUUGUGGCGCGCGUCCGGGGCGGUGGCGGACGUCGCGCCGGGGAUGCAAGGAACUUCGGGCGGCGCCGCACAACCGACAUUUGGUGGAUUUGAGCGGCUUCUGUUCCAGGUGAACGAGGCGCGCCAGCUCAGUGUGGUGCACAUGCCGCGGGAUCAUGACGUUCCAGUGACCGUGACUGUUACUGUGUCCCCUGCUCACGGCCUGUACGACGAGUGA